AUGGCAAGAAUAUGUUGUGCAGAACUAAGAUUUCCACUUCAAAUAGUAUCAAGAUUAUAUCUUUAAGUGGAGUUGUAGUCUUUAGCUUGAUGUAAAAUAAAUUAGUUUCUCUUAGCCCUGAAUGUUUUGAUAUAUACAGUACUUUAUUAGUGUUGCUGACCUACCUCUCUUUAAAUAUCUCAAUUGACAUUCAUCUUCUUAUUCAAAAGAUGAUGAUCAUGCCAAAUGUUGCACCUACUACUAUCUUCCAUAGAUUCCUAAAACACUAAUUCCUGGAAGAAUCCAUGGCCAGUUUUAAUUUUAUAGGUCUAACUGUUAUCUUGAUAAUCAUUAUUCUGGGCAUGCUGGGGAAGGGAGAUGAUGAGGUCGAAAAUGGAGCUUUAUUUAUUUUCGGUGAUUCUUUAGUGGAUGCAGGUAACAAUAACUAUUUGUCAACAUUGUCUAAGGCUAAUGUCAUACCAAAUGGUAUUGAUUUUAAAGCUUCCGGGGGAGCUCCCACAGGCCGGUUUACUAAUGGAAGAACAAUUGGAGACAUUAUUGGGGAAGAACUAGGGCAUCGAUACUAUCCUGUGCCAUUUCUGGCUCCGAAUUCUCAAAGCAGAGGUCCAUUGCAUGGAGUAAAUUAUGCAUCAGGAGGCGGUGGAAUUUUGAAUGCCACUGGAACUAUAUUUAUUAAAAGGCUUUCGAUGGAUACACAAAUUGACUAUUUCGAUAUUACCAGGAAGCUUAUUGAUGAAUUGUUGGGUACAACUGAAGCUAGACAGUUCAUUACAAAGAAAUCUAUAUUUCCAAUUAUAGUUGGUUCAAACGAUUUUCUCAACAAUUAUCUGCUUCCGUUCUUCUCUAUUCAUGAAAGAAUGACAAUAAGCCCGGAUGCUUUCAUAGCUGAUCUUAUUAAAACUUUGAAACAACAACUCAAUAGACUUUACAAGUUAGAUGCAAGAAAGUUUAUAAUCGGAAAUGUUGGGCCAAUAGGUUGCAUACCUUAUCAGAGGACAUUGCAUAAGUUGAAUGAAAGUCAGUGUGUGAACUUACCAAACAAAAUGGCCCGUCGCUACAAUGCUGGAUUAAAACUUAUGGUGCGUGAGCUGAACACAACUCUUGAUGGAGCAACGUUUGUUCUUGCAAAUGUUUAUGAUCUGGUGAUGGAUGUCAUAACAAACUAUACAAAUUAUGGUUUUAUAUCUGCAAGUAAAGCAUGUUGUGGAAAUGGUGAGCUUGGGCUUGGGGCAAUCAUGCCUUGCAGACCGGAUUCUAAAAUGUGUCUGGAUCGCGACAAGUACGUGUUCUGGGAUCUUUACCAUCCUAGUGAGGCUGCAAAUCUUAUCAUUGCCAAUAGAUUGCUUGAUGGAGACACCAAGUAUAUAUCUCCCAUGAGUAUUAGGGAACUUAGAGAUCUCUAGUUAACUGCAUUUUUUGGUGCAUACAGUACAUGUACAUUAGAAAACUAGCUAGAUGUAACUUCUUUUUAAGAAAGUAUAUCUCCCAUGAGUGUUAGCCUAUGAG